AUGGAGAAAAGGAAGUACGUCAUAAAAGUACAAUUCUACUUUUCAGAAAUUGCAAUUUUUCCUUUUUUGGAUCCUUCUGUCUUUUUUCUCAUUCUCAAAAAACCAUUUCCAAUUUUUUUCUAGAACCCACAUGUCUAAAAUAUUCUACAGUACCUCUUCAAAUUUCCAUUUAGAUUAAAGUGUUCAUUCUCUUCCAAGGCGGGCUGCGGACCUUUUUUUGCUCUGAAAAAAAUGAGCCAGAAAAAGGCAGAAGAAAAAACGGGCGGAGAUAGAAUUGGAUUAGUUUUGUUCUGUGCAUUUUCUCAGUUUUUCUUGUGUUGUGGUUUUUUUGGGUGCUCACCGAAAAUUGAAUUUCAAAAAAAAAUCGUGGAUUUUUCGCGUGUUGUUAUUUGCUUCUUCCAAUUUUUCGAAACUCUUUGAUCUGAGCAAUUUCCCGCAGCCGAUCUCCCACAUUCCCAGUCUCCAUACUCAAUUCACUUCUCGCCAAAAAAUCCACUUCCAUUUAAUAUUUAUUAAUAAUUUUUGUUUCUCUCGACACACAGCCAUUUUUUAUUCAUUCAUUUUCCAUUUUUUUUUGUGAAACAGCACACAAAAAAAAUAAUUAAAAGUUGAGGAGCACACGAGGAAAUUGGUCUCAUUCUCCUCGAGUUUUUUGUGCUCUUUUCUGUUUCUUCCUUGUCGAGAGUAAUUAAGAAGUCGAAACAUUUAAGUAUUUUCAGAGUUUUCAUUCUCGGUGCAGUUUUCAGCAUUGAGGCAACAGUGUCAAACACGACGGCGGGCACGGUUAGUUCUACAAAAAUAUUUAUUUUCAAUUUGAAACAAAAUAUUUCAGGGUAGCCGUGUAGCCGAGGCAUCGACCUCGGAUUACCGUGUAGCUGUUUUUGGCGCCGGUGGAGUUGGGAAAUCUUCGAUCACUCAGCGAUUUGUUAAAGGAACUUUCAAUGAUAAUUAUGUUCCGACUAUUGAAGAUACUUAUCGUCAGGUGAUUUCAUGCAAUCAAAAAAAUGUGUGCACUCUUCAAAUCACCGACACAACCGGUUCGCAUCAAUUUCCUGCAAUGCAAAGGUUAUCAAUGAGCAAAGGAAAUGCAUUUAUUCUAAUAUAUAGCAUUACAAGUAUGCAAUCUUUAGAAGAAUUGGGACCAAUUAUUUUGAUGUUGAAAGAGGUUAAACAAUCUGCAAUUGGAGAGGUUCCAAUUAUGUUGGUUGGAAAUAAAAAAGAUGAAGAUUCGGUGAGCUUUUUUUAAAUUCGAGAAGAUCUGUCGAUAGGAAUAAAAUAAUUAUAACAUGAGCAAUCAAUCUUGUGGGUACUUUAACUCAACUUUACAGCCUUUAAGGUAUCCUCAAUCAAAUUUUUUUUUGCAGAAACGUGAAGUGUCAACUGCAAUUGGUCAAAAAAUCAGUGGUCAAUGGGGAACUGGAUUCAUCGAAACAUCAGCUAAAAACAAUGAAAACAUAACGGAAUUAUUCCAAAUGUUGUUGGCUCGAGAAAAAAAGCGACAAUUGGCUUUAACAAUGGAUGAUCCAGAUGGAAAAAAUGGAAAGAAAAAAGGUUGCACGGUCAUGUGA